CUCUUACCAAAAACAAGUCAUUUAUGGAUAUUAUCGGGGUGUUCUCGUGGAUUCAGUAUAGUUCCUUUUUCACUACAUAAGGAUCAAGAUCAAAUAAACGUUCAUUCUCUUUCUGUCGAAAGACAAUCCAUUUUGAGCCUUUCAGUAAAUAAUGAGCAAGUUAAAAGCAAAUUCUUUAGUUCAAAUCUUUCGGGUAAAAAAGAAAGUAGGAUUCCGGAUUAUUCAGAACUAAAUCGAGUCAUAUGUACGGAUCAUUGUCAUCUCAUAUAUCCUGAGACUCUCUAUGAGAAUUCUUAUUUAUUGGCAAAAAGGCGAACAAAUCGAUUCAUCAUCCCCUUCCAGUCGAUUCAAGAAAAAGAGAAAGAACUAAUGCCCCUUUUGGGUAUCUCGAUUCAAAUACCGACAAAUGGUAUUUUCCGCAGAAAUAGUAUUUUUGCUUAUUUCGACGAUCCCCAAUAUCGAAGAAACAGUUCAGGUAUUUUCCCCAACAUAAAAAAGAGGAUUUGAUUGAGUAUCGAGGAAUCAAAGAAUUUAAGCCAAAAUACCAAAUGAAAAUAGAUCGCUUUUUUUUCAUUCCCGAGGAAGUUUAUAUUUUGCCCGAGUCCUCUCCCCUAAUGGUACGGAACAAUAGUAUCAUUGGAGUAGAUACACAAAUCACUUUAAAUACAAGAAGCCGAGUAGGCGGAUUGAUUCGAGUGGAGAGAAAAAAAAAAAAAAUGGAAGUGAAAAUUUUUUCUGGAGAUAUCCAUUUUCCGGGAGCGACCGAUAAGAUAUCGCGCCACAGUGGUAUCUUGAUACCACCGGGAACAGUAACAUCAAAUUCUAAAAAAUUGAAAAAAGUCAAAAGUUGGAUUUAUGUACAACGGAUCACACCUACCAAGAAAAGAUAUUUUGUUCUAGUUCGACCGGUAAUUAUAUAUGAAAUAGCGGACGGUAUAAAUUUAGAACCACUUUUCACCCAGGAUGUAUUGCAGGAAAAGGAUAAUCUGAAAUUUCAAGUUGUCAAUUACAUUCUUUAUGGAAAUGAUAAUGGUAAACCGAUUCGGGGAAUUUUGGACACAAGUAUUCAAUUAGUUCGGACUUGUUUAGUGGUGAAUUGGGACCAAAACAAAAAAGGUUCUUCUAUCGAGGAAGCCCGCGCUUCUUUUGUUGAAGUAAGUAUAAAAGGUCUGGUUUGUAAUUUCCUCAAAAUCCGCUUAUUGAAAUCCCAUAUUUCAUAUAUUAGCAAAAAAAGGAAUGAUCCCCGAGGUUCCGAAUUUUUCUCUGAUAAUGGUUCAACUCACACCAAUAUUAAUCCAUUUUAUUUCAAUUAUUCUAAGGCAAAGAUUCAACCAUCACUUAAACAAAAUCAAGGAACUAUUAGUACAUUGUUGAAUAGAAAUAAAGAAUCUCAAUCUUUGAUAAUUUUGUCAUCAUCUAAUUGUUUUCGAAUGGAUCUAUUCAACGAUGUAAAAUCGAAAAAUGCAAUAAAAGAAUCAAUUAAAAGAGAUCCUAGAAUUCCAAUUACGAAUUCGUUGGGGCCUUUAGGAGCAGCCCCUCAAAUUGUUAAUUUUUUUUCAUUUUACCAUUUAAUGACGCAUAAUCAGAUCUCGAUAAAUAAAUAUUUGAAACUUGACAAGUUAAAACAGACUUUUCGCGUACUUAAAUAUUAUUUAAUGGGUGAAAACGGGAGAAUCGGUAAUCCUGAUCCGUAUUCGGGUGGUAAGAGUGUAUUGAAUCCAUUUAAUUUGGAUUGGUAUUUUCUCCAUGAACAGUCACAUUAAUUAGCCUGGGGCAGUUUAUUUGUGAAAAUGUAUGUAUGGCCAAAGAUGGACCAUACCUCCAAUCUGGUCAAGUUAUAAUUGUUUACGUUGACUCUGUCGUAAUAAGAUCUGCUAAACCUUAUUUGGCCACUCCGGAAGCAACUGUUCAUGGCCAUUACGGAAAAAUCCUUUACGAAGGGGAUACAUUAGUUACAUUUAUAUAUGAAAAAUCGAGAUCUGGUGAUAUAACGCAGGGUCUUCCAAAAGUGGAACAAGUGUUAGAAGUGAGUUCGAUUGAUUCAAUAUCGAUAAACCUAGAAAAGAGAGUUAAAGGUUGGAAGGAGUAUAUAACAAGAAUUCCUUGGGGGUUCUUGGUUGGUGCUCAGCUAACAAUCGUGCAAAGUCGUAUCUCUUUGGUUAAUAAGAUCCAAAAGGUUUAUUGAUCCUAGCCUAGGGGGUGCAGAUCCAUAAUAGGCAUAUAGAAAUUAUUGUACGUCAAAUAACAUCAAAAGUGUUGGUUUCAGAAGAUGGAAUGUCUAACGUUUUUUCACCCGGAGAACUAAUUGGAUUAUUGCGAGCGGAACGAAUAGGACGCGCUUUGGAAGAAACGAUCGGUUACCGAGCCAUAUUAUUGGGAAUAACGCGAGCUUCUCUGAAUACUCAAAGUUUCAUAUCCGAGGCGAGUUUUCAAGAAACCGCUCGCGUUUUAGCAAAAGCUGCGCUCCGCGGUCGUAUCGAUUGGUUGAAAGGCCUGAAAGAAAAUGUUGUUCUAGGUGGUAUAAUACCUGUUGGUAUCGGAACAAUCUCAAUAUUUUAUUAGAAUUUAAGGUUUGAGUUACUAUUUAUUAGAGGCUCUCACACUCCUCAAAGUGUAAGUGGGGAAGUUCCAAGUCCUUGUUUUAACCCACUCUCCAUUCUACAACCUUUGUGUUUAGUUAAUGUACAUGUUCGCUAGGUUUUCGUCUAUGGCUUUUUGCACAAAUCACCGUGGGUUGACCCGCUUUGACCCUGGCCUGGUGAGAAAAGCAGGCCGCACGCACCCGGCGGUUCGAUUAAUAUAUAAAAGCCUAGGUU